UCUCUCGUUCGGUUCCUCGACUUCAUGAAUAAAUUUCGAGCGAGUUAUUUUACAGUGAGAUCGUUACAUUUUAUGGCAUUCCGAAGUGCGAGAAUUCCACAUAAGGUAUACAUUCAUUCAACACAUAAAACAAGUGAAAUCAAUCGUGAACACAAUAUGAGGUUUUAGUGUUCGAUCAAAAAGUUUAACGGUACGAAAACAUCAGCACAGCUCCACAAAUUAGAUUGGAAUAUUCGAUGACAUUCAAUACAUUUAAGCCACUUAGAAAAUUAACGGAGUUUUACAUUACUGGUAUUCAUAUUACGAAGUGUCGUGUGUGAUUUUUACGAGUUUUUAUUGAUUUACGUUAUAAAUAUAAAAUGAAAAGAACGCUGUUGAUAUUUAUUUAUGGAAUAUUCUCGAUGCUUCCGUUCAGCUCUGCAGUAAUUAACUGCCGGCUUGCCUGCAGACAUUGCAGGGAGCAUAAUGCACACCCUAACAUGCUGGAAGUCUACUGUGCUAUGUGUGAUGAGUGUAAAGAGAGACAGUGGCUACAGGGCCCACCUAGUCUUAAUUUAAGGAAUGAAAAUGAUAAAAGAUACUCUAAGAACUACGAUCACGAGGAGACUCAAGAUGACUGUUCAACAACAACCACAAAUGACCAAUGCGAAGAAACAAUGCUAUUAGCAAACAAGAUCACCACGAGCGUUAUGACAACGUCUACAACGCAACGACCUUGCACACCAAGAGCGGAUUGCGUGGAAACUAUUACCACAAAAGCGCCAUGUUUGACCAUGUCGUGUCCCAUGGUUGCUCCAUUGGCAAUACCUUUGUGUCCAAUGUGUCCUAUGAUGGCUAUGUCCACUGUACCAAGGUCAUCGACCGUUCCAUCACUUCCUCAGAUUCGUGAGAGGAAAGCUGUCGACAUAUCAACUACUACAGAAUCUAUGUACUUCUACGUCGGUGUACCAAAGAGACUUCUGAAUGAUUUAAAAAAACUUCGCUCCUAAUGGCGUGAUCAAAAAAUGAAAUAACAGUAAUAAUGUUUUACAAAUGAUCGUGAAAUAUUCAAAUAUUUUUGAUUAUGCAACCAUUGUAUUACAUUAACUUGUAAUUGUAAUUUUAAAACAUGACUUAUGUAAACCGUAAUACGUGACUUUGCUAAUUUAUCAAAAAACUAAUCUAUUUAGCAUUUAUUUUAAGUAAAUUGUAAAAAGCAAUUUUAAAAUAACAAAUUAUUAUUUUAAUUACAUUAGACAAACAUUUUGUAACGCUAGGAACUUUGUUAAGUUUGUAAUAUUAAUUAAGUCUAUACUAAUAAGU